AUGAAGACGAGAUCCAGUGAUGUACAAGGAGCUAACAGAGGGAAGAGGAAAGCUCCAGAGGGAGACGAAAAUGGCAGAGGAAAGCGACGAUCGGUGCAGAGCGACGAACAGAAGAAGGCUCCUCAGAUAGGGAAGAAACGAUUGGCACCGAGCAACGAACACAAGAAGGGGAAGAAGAUCCUGAGAGGAAUCCGUAGCUGUGUAUCUCCUCGGUGCUCCGCUUCUUCUACUCACCGUCCCAGCUUCUUCUGGUUUGAGCAAGACGUAUGGACAUACAUAUCGAGGUUUCUGGAUGGUAAAUCGCUGGUGAUGCUGGGAGCAACAAGCAAAUGGUUUCACAAGACCGUAAUGGAGGAGUCUAUUUGGAGGUUUGCUUGCUUGCGUGAUCUUCAUGUGCCAAGGCCGUGUCCAGUUUCUUCUAGCUGGAACAAGAUAUAUGCGUCUGCUUUUGAUGGGAGUCACUCUUACUUGUUCCAUCAGAAGGAGAAGCAUAUUGACUGGAUGCGUAUUGGUGCCUUUACUCUUGACUCUCGGAUGUCACUCCUGACUGAGAGUUUGAGUGGUCAGCUGAAAGUCCCAAGGGUUCAAGGCACCAUAGACCAGAUGCUGCAAUCCACUGGUUCAUGUAUCAUAAAAGACAUCAAAAGCGGUAUCUGGAUUGCAGAUUUACAGCUUGUUCGUUGUCCUGUUUGUGACCUCAGUACCUGUGAUGGAACAAUGCAAAUACUUGAUACCAGGCACAUUGAACUGUUCCUGAAUGAAGAAUACAAAGCUGGAAGCUGGGACUACAAUCUCAUCGGAUCUCAUAAGUUACAGAAAGACACAAGUGCAGCUUGUGGAGCCAUAUAUGAUCUCAAACACCUUAAAGCAUCUUCAUCCUCAGGUAUUCUCCACCUCAAGUCUUGGACCGGAGAGCCAGAAGAUUCCCAACCCAAAGCAUUUAUCACAACCCACGCAGUUGCUGUUCACACAAGGUUACAGAAAAACGAAGGAAUCCUUGUGAAGUAUCAGACGAUGAAAGCAGGAACUGAUGGUGACAUUGUUGCCAUCAGAAUCUCCCAACAGCUACUCUGAGUUCCUGUUCACAGUGUGUUAUCAAGGUCACACAACAGAGCCUUUAGUAUAUCUCUGGUAUGCAAAUCAUUUUACUCUUCGGUAAGAUAAAACUCUACUUCAUUAUAUGACUUUACAGUAUAUGUUGCAAGAAUAUCCUGAGAGGUUAUUGAACUUGUUGUCUACAAAACUUACGCACCAAAAUUAUAUAUACAUAAAUGUACGCUAUUCUUUGACAUUUUCCAUUAACAGCGAGUAGUUAUAGUGAGUA